AAGUUGGAUGCUGCAGGUUCUUUGCUGCAUCUGGAGGUAUGGGUGGCAAGAAACUAAGACGAGUGGGUUUAUCACAAGAGCUGUGUGACCGUUUGAGUAGGCAUCAGAUUGUUACCUGUAAGGACUUUCUAUGUCUUUCCCCGCUGGAGCUUGUGAAGAUGACUGGCCUGAGUUAUUGUGGUGUCCAUGAACUUCUGCGUAUGGUCAGCAGGGCCUGUGCCCCACAAAUGCAAACGGCUUACAGGAUAAAGACACGCAGGUCUGCUGAUGUCGCACCAGCUUUCUUGUCUACUACCCUUCCCGCCUUGGAUGAAGCCCUGUGUGGGGGUGUGGCUUGUGGAUCCCUCACAGAGAUUACAGGUCCACCAGGUUGUGGAAAAACUCAGUUUUGUAUGAUGAUGAGCGUUUUGGCUACACUGCCUACCAACAUGGGAGGAUUAGAUGGAGCUGUCGUGUACGUUGACACAGAAUCAGCAUUUAGUGCUGAAAGACUGGUUGAGAUAGCAGAAUCCCGUUUUCCCAGCUAUUUUAAUGCUGAAGAAAAAUUACUUUUGACAAGUAGUAAAGUUCAUCUUUAUCGGGAACUCAGCUGUGAUGAAGUUCUGCAAAGGAUUGAAUCUUUGGAAGAAGAAAUUAUUUCAAAAGGUGUUAAACUUGUGAUUAUUGACUCUGUUGCUUCUGUGGUCAGAAAGGAGUUUGAUACACAACUUCAAGGCAAUCUGAAAGAAAGAAAUAGAUUCUUGGCAAGAGAAGCAUCUUCACUGAAGUAUUUGGCUGAGGAAUUUUCAAUCCCAGUUAUCUUGACGAAUCAAAUUACAACCCAUCUGAGUGGAGCCCUGGCUUCUCAGGCAGACCUGGUGUCUCCAGCUGAUGAUUUGUCCCUGUCUGAAGACACUUGUGGAUCCAGCUGUGUGACAGCUGCACUAGGAAACACCUGGAGUCACAGUGUGAACACCCGGCUGAUUCUCCAGUACCUUGAUUCAGAGAGAAAACAGAUUCUCAUUGCCAAGUCCCCUCUGGCUCCCUUCACCUCAUUUGUCUACACCAUCAAGGAGGAAGGCCUGGUUCUUCAAGGCCAACAGAAGCCAUAGGGAGACUGUGACCUUUGUGUAGAGCUGAUGGGGGCGUGAUUUGUGAAAUAAAACAGGACCAUGCUGCUUGGAAGAAGGAAACGGAAGCCAACAUAAUGGGGAUUAAUUAGUUGAUUGCUGUUGAGAUGGUAACAGAUUUGCUCCUGGACCAUUGAGCCAGUGAUUUCAGACCUAGCAGGGAAGGUGAGGAUGAAGAAGCCUUUGUUCAAGUCUCUAGAUGUGUAGGGCUGAGGGCUUUGCCGCCAUGGGAUGUCAACAGCCAUAAUAAUAAUAAUUUGCACUUAUAUAGCACCUUUCAACCAGGCACCUCAAAGCGGUUUCACCACAUUAAUUAAUUAAAGCCCACAAUCCCCCUGGGGAGAGGAGGAGGAUGACUAACAAGAUUUGUAAUUACAGGAGAGAACAUUUCCGAAUAAAGCAUUGUCUACCA